GCUGGAGUGGCUUCUGCAAUUCCUGUUUCAAUUUCUCCAUUUACUUGGGAUCACAUGUCAAUGUGACUACCUUGUGAAGUUUUGUACAUGUUUCCUACAUCAUUGUUUGUGUUACGUCAAUUGGUACACCUUGAUCAUGAUGAUUUUGUGAAAUAUGUUGUCUGCCUUAAAUGUUCAUCCCUGUAUAAUCCUGGAGACCGCACACAGUGUGUUGGCAGGAGAAUUAUUGCCAAAUGUUGUACACACAAGGCUUUCAAGAAAGGAAAGGGAUCAAAGGAAUGUGGAACUAUGCUGGCUCAAAAAGUAGUCUUGUCUGAUGGAAAGGAACACUUUUAUCCAUUAAAAGUCUACUGCAUUAACAGCAUUAUAAAUCAGAUUGAGGCAAUGCUUAAGAGACCAAACCUUCCAGAGAAAUGCGAGCUGUGGUGUCAAAGAAAAGUCAAUGAUGGUUUUUAUGGUGAUGUGUAUGAUGGACAGGUCUGGAAGGACUUUUUGACAGUUAAUGGCAAAGACUUUCUCAAUGCCCCAAGGAGUUUAGCCUUCACUUUAAAUGUUGAUUGGUUUCAACUGUACACAAGAAGAAGCGAUGUGUCUGUUGGAGUCAUCUACUUGGUGUUAUUAAACUUACCAAGGGAAGAACGUUUCAAAUGGGAGAAUGUAAUUCUUGUCACCGUUAUUCCAGAUAUGGAAACCAUGCCAAAAAGCACUGACCCCUUUGUCAAACCACUGGUGGAUGAGAUGAAGGUCCUAUGGAGAGGAAUAACACUACACUCUAGCAUCAGUACCAUACCUCUACUCUUUCGAGGUGAAAUCUUAUUGGCAGCAUCUGACAUCCCAGCUGCUAGAAAGCUGUGGUUUAAAAGGCCACUCUGCAGAACAAGCCUGCUCUAAGUGUUUUAAACCAUUUCCUGGA